GAUUCUUUAUGAGGCCAAAGAGAUUACAAAUGCAGCUAUCAGUGGAACGGGUCGGUUCAACACCACCAUGGCCUUUUACCCAUCCAGAAGCUUUUACUACCCCAUCACCGAUUUCCCGUACCGAGUGAACCUCAAUCAGCAACUGUACGUGCAGGUGCAGCUAACCCCAGCCGAACCAAGCCUCCACCUGUUCAUGGACUCCUGUGUGGCCUCGCCAAACCAUGACUACAGCAGCCGCACCUAUGACCUUAUACGCAAUGGCUGUCGGAGAGACAACACAGUAAACAUAUACAGAAAUGGAAAUCGUUACUUCGCUCAGUUCAGCUUCAGCGCAUUCAAGUUCCUGCGCACACACAACCAGGUGUUCCUCAAGUGUGAUGUCGUUAUCUGCCCUGACAACGACUACAACUCACGAUGUCGCCAAGGAUGCCGUAAUCGCGGGAAACGAAGCACUAGCUCUGAUCACCACACUGAGGUUCUCACCCUUGGGCCAAUCACACUCAAAGGUCCAGAGGAGGCUGAGGCCAAGACGGAGGACAAGGAGUGAACUCACACUGACUGAUUAAUUAAUCACUUAAAUAUAGUUAACACUGAAUAAAUUUGCUAAUUUAAUAAAGAGAUUGUUGAGCAAUCUCCCUUUCUUAAAUACUCACCUGUUGAUUUUUGGGGGGAGAUUUAAACUGUGUUUUUGACCCAAAUUUAGAACCGUCUAAUCCCCGUAAUCUGAAUCAAUCUGCUAUGUCUAAAACAUUUUCCGAUUUUAUGUGUCAGAACGGUUUUUUGAUCCCUGGAGAUUCUGUAACCCCUCUCUAAAAAAAGUUUUCUUUCUUCUCCCAGGUGUAUCAUUCCUAUUCAAGGAUUGAUUAUUUUUUUUAUAGACAGCACUCUUGAUUCGUGUGUAGUUUCUUCUGACUAUCUGGGUAUUGUAAUUUCUGAUCACGUGCCUC